AUGUUUCAUCCAACAAGAGGAGGUACGCGUGGUGGUAAAGAUCAAUUUAGUUGGGAAGAAGUAAAGAAUGAUAAACAUCGUGAAAACUACCUUGGUCACUCAUUGAUGGCCCCAGUAGGUCGCUGGCAAAAAGGCAAGGAUUUAACAUGGUAUGCCAAAUCGGGUGCAGAUACUGAAGCUGCAAAAGCAAAAGCCAAUGCAAGAGAAUUAGCCAAGAUUAAAGAAGCUGAGGCUGAAGCCAUGGCUAUUGCACUUGGUGUGCGCAAGAAAAAGACAUUAGAGAGCCAUGUGACAGAAGACGAUCUCAAGCAUGCCUUAAAUAAAGACAAUGAUGAUUCGGAUGAUGAGCACCAUUUAGCAGCAGGAGAAGCAGAGAAAGGACUUGGAUAUGGAAAAUCAUCUAAUCGACUUUUGGGUUCAGUACAACAUGAGGAUGGUGGUGCAGUUGAAGUCAUGAAUCAAGACAUGCAAUACUUGCAUAAAGACACUGCUUCUCAAUUGAUGGAUGAUACAAAAGAAGACGAACACAAGAGAAAAAAGAAAUCAAAAAAGGAUCAUAAACACAAGAGUGACCGAAAGAAGCAUCAUCGAGACUCUCAUCGUCAUCACCGAAAAGAAGAACGCCAUAGCCAUCGCCAUAGAUCACGCUCUCCUCGUCAUAGCAGAAGAAGAGCUGAUGAUAAUGAUGAUUAUCGUCAUCAUGACAGACGAGCAAGUUCAAAAGAUAGAUAUAGACGUAGAAGAGACCCAUCAGAAGAGAAAAGCCAUCGAUGUUCCCCUUCACCAAAGAGAUCCCUCUCACCUUACAGUAGACGUGUAUUAUUAUCUCAGAAAUAA